GCCCUACCCCGCAGUGACGCCACACCUGCCUCUGGCCCAUCUCCCUCAGCUGGGGCCGCACGCACCAUGGCGCCUGCGCAGCGCAGCCUGGCGUAGCGGAGGGGGGAUAGGCCUCUCUGCCUGCACUCCAGGCGCUGCUAGGCUUCCCCACCUCCGCCGGCCGGGAGCGCAUGAGAAGGCGGCCGCCGCCUGCUUCCUCUUUCCCGCGGGGAGGCUCCGCGGACGACGAGGCCGCCAUCAUGUCGGAGAGGCUCAGCAAGCCGACGUGCCUCAUCGCGGCCAGCGCGGCCGCAGCAGGGGUAUCUGCUGAUUCCUUCCUUCACUCUUUUACCCUGGCAAGCUCUGCUUUUAAUCUACAGGUUGCUACUCCAGGGGGAAAGUCAAUUGAUUUCACUGGUGUUAAUGAGGCAAACAUGCGUUGGAUCCAGGACUUCCGAAUGAAAUCUUACGCAAAUCCUGCCAAGCUGGAAUCAACUGAUGGUGCCAGAUACCAUGCUUUGUUGAUUCCAGACUGUCCUGGUGCCAUGGUGGAUCUGGCAAACAGUGGUUACUUAGCUAGAAUAUUGCAGCAUUUCAGCUCUGAAAACAAACCCAUAUGUGCUGUUGGACAUGGAGCUGCCGCCUUAUGCUGUGCCACAAAUGAGGACAAAUCCUGGGUAUUUCAGGAAUACAGCUUAACAGGUCCUUGUGUGUACGAACUAAUAAGACUGCCUAGUUUUGCCAGUUUGCCUAUUAUCUUUGAGGACUUUGCAAAAGAUUCUGGAGCUAUCUAUAGCGCCAGCAAAGCAGAUGCAGUGCAUGUUGUAUUGGACAGACACCUUGUCACUGGACAGAAUGAAAAUUCUACAGUUGCAGCUGUCCAGAACCUUGUUUUUCUUUGCAAUGGCAGCAGAAAAUGACGGUGCUCUUUGUAAGUGGGAUGAAUACAGAAGAAGUCUUCGACUUUGAGAAAUGGAAAGGAGAACACUGCACAUUUGUAAGGAUGGGGACUGUAAAUCAUGUGGUAAAAACCUUAAUUGAACUGUUUUCCUGCUUUUUUGAAAAACAUUGUUCCAUCUUGUGUUAAUACAGAGUCUAAAAAGCCUGGCUAAACAUGUAACAUGAAAAACCAUGGUUUGCAGCUCUGUCAACAGCUGAACACCUGAAUUAGAUAUUUUUGAAGCUAUUACUUUGUUAGUUACCCAUGUGUCCAAGUCCUCAUCCUUGUGCAGGACUAUAUGGUAUUAGUUUACAGUUGUGGCAAUUAAGGAUAACAUAACAAUACAAAGUAAAGUAUUUGUUACACUUUCACAUAGGAGUUUUGAGUUUGAUUGCAGGUGCUAAAAAGACUGCUGUAUUGAGAUUAGCUGAAAAGUUAAAAUAAGCUUCAGUUCAGUAAGCUACAAAAAUUAUUCUAGAUAAUGUCAACUCAACUUUUUUUUUGUAAGGCAAAGACCAUGAAGAUUCUAUAAAGUGGAAAUACAACAAUUGAAUGGAAAGGCAUUUAGUAUUGGGGCUGUGGUAUGUGUGCUGGUUGGUUCGCUUAAUGCUUGUAAAUAUCAUUUUAUUUAGUUUUUUUGUACCACCCAUGAUUGUACAAGUCCAUUUUUUAAUGACCACAGAAGAAAGUUAGAGAAGCUGUUGAAGUUGGACUCAAUAAAUAUAAUUUCACCCUCUUAAAA